AUGGGGCAAGGACUAACCACCCCUUUGAGUCUUACCCUAGACCACUGGAAAGAAGUUAAGAGCAGAGCCCACAAUCAAUCAGUAGAGAUAAAGAAAACUAAGUGGGCCACUCUCUGCUCCUCUGAAUGGAUCACCUUUAAUGUAGGUUGGCCGGGAGAAGGAACCUUUGAUAAAAAUAUUAUUUCCUCAGUGAAGAACAAGAUAUUCCAGCCGAGCGGUGGACACCCGGACCAAGUAGCCUACAUUGUGACCUGGGAAGAUUUGGCCAUCAACCCACCUCGGUGGGUGGCGCCCUUUGUGCGCCCAAAUCUAUCUGCCUCUGCUCCCCCAGAACCUCCCUCUUCCUCCACCCUAUACCCGGUACUCUUGAAACCAAAACCAAAACCCGUUUUGCCUCCUGACGACUCUUUCCCAAAGGACUUGGACUUGUUGCCCGACAAUCCCCCUCCAUACAACCCCGCCCCGUUGAAUCCGCAGGUCGCACCACCGGCUGGCGAGGUCAACCGACCGCUCCCCGCACCAUCCCCCGUGGUGGGGAGGCUCAGAGUGCGGAGAGAUCCAGCGCCCCCAGAGGAGACCUCCCGACUGUUUCCUCUCGGCUCAGCAAGCGGGCCUGGGAAUCAGCUGCAAUACUGGCCUUUUUCGGCCUCUGACCUUUAUAACUGGAAGCAACAUAACCCCCCAUUUUCCCAGGACCCCGUAGCCCUCACCAACCUUAUAGAAUCUAUUCUUCUCACCCAUCAGCCCACCUGGGACGAUUGCCAGCAGCUCUUACAGGCUCUCCUCACCACUGAGGAGAGACAGAGAGUGGUGCUGGAGGCACGAAAGAAUGUACCAGGAGAAGAUGGGAGACCUACUCAGCUACCUAAUGAGAUAGAUACUGCCUUUCCCUUAACCAGACCAGACUGGGACUUCAACACAGCAGAAGGUAGGGGACACCUACGCCUCUAUCGCCAGUUGCUUGUAGCAGGCCUUCGAGGGGCAGGGUGCCGCCCCACCAAUUUGGCUCAGGUAAGAGCAGUGACCCAGGGUCUGGAGGAACACCCCACUGCGUUUUUAGAGAGAUUAAAAGACGCUUACAGGAGGUACACCCCGUUCAACCCUGAUAGCCCCGACCAAGAAAUAAAUGUUUCCAUGUCCUUUAUUUGGCAGUCUGCCCCGGAUAUACGGGGCAAGCUGCAGAGGAUGGAAAAUCUGCAAGGACAGGGGCUACAGGACCUCCUUAAAGAAGCAGAGCAGAUUUUUAAUAAAAGAGAGACCCAGGAAGAAAGAGAUGAUAGGUUAAGAAAAGAGGCAGAGGAAAGGGAAAACGUACGAGAUAAGAAGAGAACUAAAGAACUUAGUAGAAUCUUGGCCACCGUAGUUAAUACUAGCCAAGAGAGGACAGGAGAGGGUAGGAAGGGAAGGCCCCGGCUGGAGAAGGACCAGUGUGCCUACUGCAAAGAGCACGGGCACUGGCUAAAAGACUGCCCCCGGAGAAAAAACAAGCGUCAGACUGACAAGCUCCUCACCCUAGACUACGGGAGUCGGGGCCAGGAACCCCCACCUGAGCCCAGGCUAACUCUACAAGUUGGGGGACGACCAGUUACAUUCAUGGUAGAUACAGGAGCGCAGCAUUCUGUAUUGACCCAGACCCAAGGACCCUUCAGCGAGAAAACGGCCUGGGUAGAAGGAGCGACGGGAGCAAAGAGAUAUCGAUGGACAACAAAAAGAGAGGUACACCUGGCUAAAGGAAAAGUGACCCAUGCCUUCUUGUACGUGCCAGAUUGUCCAUACCCGCUGCUCGGCAGAGACCUACUUCCCAAACUAAGGGCUCGAAUACAUUUCGAGGGGAAUAAAGUAAAGGUAACGGGGCCUGGGGAAACCCCUAUACCCGUCCUCACCCUCAGCCUAGAAGAUGAAUAUCAACUUUUUGAACAACCUCAGGAGGCCCCAAGAGAAAUAUCCCAUUGGCUCAAACAGUAUCCAGCCGCCUGGGCUAAAACAGGGGGGCCGGGGUUAGCUGAGAACCACCCUCCCUUAAUAGUAGAGCUCAAGUCUACGGCCACCCCAGUCUCUAUUAAACAAUACCCUAUGUUGGCGGAGGCCCACCAGGGUAUUAGGCCACACAUAAAGCGGUUAUUGGACCAAGGAAUCCUGACUCCAUGCCGGUCACCUUGGAAUACUCCCCUCUUACCUGUGAAGAAGCCAGGGACUGAGGACUACAGACCGGUCCAGGAUCUGAGAGAGGUUAACAAGAGAGUAGAAAAUAUACACCCCACUGUCCCCAACCCUUAUAAUCUGCUAAGCACCCUGCCGCCUUCUCACUCAUGGUAUACAGUUCUAGACCUUAAAGAUGCCUCCUUCUGCUUAAGAUUAAGCCCGAAAAGCCAGCCCUUCUUUGCCUUUGAAUGGAAGGACCCUGAGCUGGGUGUCUCUGGGCAAUUGACAUGGACCCGGUUGCCCCAGGGAUUUAAGAACAGUCUCACCCUAUUUGAUGAGGCCCUCCACCAUGACCUGGCUGACUUUAGGGCCAAGCACCCCGAGCUGGUUCUUCUACAGUAUGUGGAUGACAUCCUGCUGGCAGGCAGCACGGAAGAGGACUGUAAAGCAGGUACAGGGGCCCUGUUAGAAACGCUCGGACAAUUGGGGUACCGGGCCUCCGCUAAAAAGGCCCAAAUUUGCCAAAAAGAAGUUACAUACUUAGGGUAUAAAUUGUUUAAUGGACAAAGAUGGUUAACUGAUGCUCGGAAGCACACCAUCCUCGGCAUCCCAACCCCUAAAACCCAUAAACAAGUAAGGGAAUUUCUAGGGACAGCUGGAUUCUGCCGGCUAUGGAUUCCUGGCUUCGCGGAACUGGCAGCCCCCCUGUUCCUGUUGACAAAGCCGAGGGCUCCCUUCAUCUGGACAGAGGAUCAACAAACCGCAUUCGAUGAGAUCAAAAGAACCUUACUUUCCUCCCCGGCCUUGGGGCUGCCUGAAAUAACCAAACCUUUUGAACUCUUUGUAGAUGAAAAGCAAGGAUUUGCAAAAGGAGUGUUAGUCCAGAGGCUGGGACCCUGGAAACGGCCAGUAGCAUACCUAUCAAAGAAAUUAGACCCGGUAGCAGCGGGAUGGCCCACUUGUUUGAGAAUGAUAGCAGCCGUCGCAGUCUUGAUUAAGGAUGCCAACAAACUGACGCUGGGUCAGAGGGUGACCAUCUUGACCCCUCAUGCCGUUGAGUCCCUCCUCCGGCAGCCUCCAGACCGCUGGCUAUCGAACGCGAGGUUGACUCAUUAUCAAUCUCUGUUGCUGGAUGCUGAUCGCGUCCACUUUGGGCCAGCUGUCACCUUAAACCCGGCCACGCUGCUACCAGAACCAGAAGGCCCUCUGGAACAUGACUGCCAGCAGGUGCUGGCUGAGGUCCACAGAACUCGGCCUGAUUUGAGUGACCAGCCUCUCCAGGACGCGGAGCUCACCUGGUAUACAGAUGGAAGCAGCUUUCUUAUGGAUGGCCAGAGAUGAGCCGGAGCGGCAGUGACCACUGACACCCAGGUGAUAUGGGCAAGCGCAUUACCAGCAGGAACUUCGGCUCAGAGAGCGGAGCUCGUUGCACUGACUCAGGCCCUCACACUGGCAGAAGGUAAGAAACUGAAUGUAUACACAGAUAGCAGAUAUGCCUUUGCCACUGCGCAUAUUCAUGGAGAGAUAUACAGAAGGAGAGGGCUGUUAAUGUCAGAAGGAAAAGAGGUCAGAAAUAAAAAUGAAAUCUUAGCCUUGCUAAAGGCCCUGUUCCUCCCAAGGAAGCUGAGUAUAAUGCAUUGCCCGGGGCACCAGAAGGGUAACCACCCCGAAGCUCGGGGAAAUCGCCUAGCAGAUGAGACAGCUAGAGCUGCGGCCCUGAGAACUAUGAUUCUCACCACUCAAGUAUCACCAGAAAGAGACAAAAUGGACCCAGCCUACCCUUCUCGAGAUUAUGCCCCCGAAGAUCUUGAGAUACUCAAACAAUUGAAAGCCACUUAUGAUCCAGAAAUUGGCUGCUGGAUACAUGAGCAGAAAAUUGUUUUACCACAGCAUUCUGUAAAAGAACUGUUAGACCAACUCCAUAAGUGGACACACUUAGGAGUAAAGAAAAUGAAAACCUUGCUACAAAAAGAAGAAACCCUCUGUUAUCUUCCCAACAAAGAUCAAAUCCUACAACAGAUAGUCAGGAACUGUAAGGCCUGUGCCUUAGUCAAUCCAGGGAAGAAUAAGGUCGGACCCGGGGUCCGAGCCCGCGGGCACUGGCCCGGGGUACACUGGGAGAUAGACUUUACUGAAGUCCAACCAGGAAUGUAUGGGUACAAAUAUCUCCUAGUCUUUGUAGAUACCUUUUCAGGAUGGGUUGAAGCAUACCCCACCAAACAUGAGACUGCAAAGAUGGUGACUAAAAAGUUCCUAGAAGAAAUAUUCCCUCGUUAUGGGAUGCCGCAGGUACUGGGCUCUGAUAACAGGCCGGCCUUUGUCUCACAGGUAAGCCAGAUGGUGGCCAAGUUAUUGGGGAUACAUUGGAAAUUACAUUGUGCUUAUAGACCCCAGAGCUCAGGACAGGUAGAAAGAAUGAACAGAACGAUCAAGGAGGCUUUGUCUCGAUUAACGCUUGCAACUGGCUCUAGAGACUGGGUACAGCUCCUGCCACUGGCCUUAUAUCAGGCCCGGAAUACUCCGGGCCCCCAUGGAUUAACCCCCUUCGAAAUCCUCUAUGGCUCACCACCCCCUGCCAUAUCAUUCCUUGAUGCUGAUAUUUCUGAUUAUGCUAACUCCCCCUCCCUCCAGGCACACCUGCAGGCCCUGCAGUUGGUGCAGCAAGAGAUUUGGAAGCCCCUCGCUGCCACAUACCAAGACUCCACAGCCACACCAGUGAUUCCCCAUCCUUUUCAGAUUGGGGAUAGUGUUUGGGUUCACAGACACCAAACCAGGAACCUCGAACCUCACUGGAAAGGACCGUAUACAGUACUACUGACCACCCCUACGGCCCUAAAGGUGGACGGGAUUGCGGUGUGGGGAGCCGCCUGCCGUCCCUGCAGAUGCCAUUACAAGAUGGCGCUCACAUUCUCACCUCGGGCUUAA